GCCAAAGAAAAGCGGUCAUUUUUUUCUCCAGGCCACCUUCUCCUUCCACUAUUCCAUUUAUUAUCAGCGGGCAUUCUUCAACAACCCCCGCAAUCACUGUAGAUAUCAUACGUAACCCGAAAAGAACGUUCCCCCACUACCUGUACUGAAGGAGCUCACCGAACUAUGUUUCGUGAAGCAGUUCUAUGCAGUGUCAAUACAAAGAAGUGAAAGUUGGUAUGGAGAAGAUAACUAUCCGUGAGGGGAAAGUCACUAUGAAGCUCGCGAGUUUCCAGUUCGACACUCCUGACUUGUAUGAAAGCAUUAAAUAAAAACAUAAUUUUGUAAUGUUUUUAGAACAGUCUAUAAUGUUCGAAAAGAAUAUAUAUGCCCGGAAAAUAAAAAAAUGAACUGAAAUCUAUUCAAUACGUCACCAUUAAUAUUGAAUAUUAAUUUUUGCGAUUAGACAGCAUAAUUCAAAUGAUUGUAGAACCAUUUAUUGUAAAUUUGUAUGAUUCUAAUAAUAGUACAGAAUUUAAUACUGACUGUAAACUAAACUUAGAGUAAAAAAUAUAAAUUAUUUCUGAGUGCUUUUGUACUUCUAUUUAUGCGGUAAUUUAGAUAUGUUUAAUUGUUUAUAAUUUAUUCAUUAUAGUGAACGAUUUAUUGUUAAAGAAAAAGAAGCUUCUUAUUUCCUAAUAGACCUCUGGAAACCUGGAAACAGUUAGCCGGUCCUGUUCUGUCUAUUGAUCGACCAUGAGAAAAUUUGAAAUCGUCUACUUUAUACGUACUAACCAACAUUCAGAACAUAACACUGCAGUUUUGUGUGUCAGGAAAACUAACUAAUUAAUCUAAAACUAGUUUUAAAACUAGUUUAGAUUAAUUAUUUGUUGUUACAUUUAUCAUCGUCAAUAUGGCAGAUAUUGUAUUUUCCAGUCGUGCAUACUCUAAGAUUAUAUUACACGCAGCUAAGUAUCCUCAUUGUGCAAUAAAUGGUUUAUUGUUGGCGAAACAAAAGAGUAAAAACGAUAGCAAAUCUGUAGAAUUACGUAUUGAGGAUGCGAUUCCUCUGUUUCACAUUUGCCUUCAUGUUUCGCCUAUGGCAGAAAUCGCCCUAACUACGGUUGAUCAAUAUGCUAUGAGUAGAGGUUUAGUAAUUGCAGGUUAUUAUCUUGCAAAUGAAAAUAUAAAUGAUGUAAGUGCAGAUAAACCUGCUCAUAGAAUCGCAGACAAAAUUGUAGAUAAUUAUGGGAAUGGCCUACUUGUUGUGAUAGACAAUAAGGAAAUCAUCACACUUGGUCUGAAUUCAAGUCCUUUAAGAGUCUCGCAGUAUGUGGAUGGUAAAUGGAAACUCAAAGACAUAAUAGAUAUAGCAUAUGAUAAAGGAGCAAUUCAUACAGAUGCUCUCUAUUCUUUGUUGAAAGCGGGGCAACAUAAGAAUCUUGUAGAUUUUGACAAUCAUCUUGACAACAUUUCUCUUGAUUGGCAAAAUCGUAAACUUAAUAAAGUCAUAGACGAGGCUGUGGAAAAAUAUAAAUAAAAGCAUUUAAUAAUAUAUAAUUGAGUUUAUAAGAAUUAAUGUAAUACAUAAAACUUCAAAAAUA